AAACAGCACAUAGACAAGAGCUUCUACAAAUUUGCAUUUGUUCUGUUCCGGACAAUUUCCUUAUUUCUGCUUUUCAUUUCACACUCACUGCCUCAUCAAUGGAGCUCACUCUACCACAACCUCAAUUGCACCCAAAAUCCCUUUCAUUUCCGUCUCUGAAAUCUAGGGUUUCUGUUUUUCAGACAAAACCGAACCCAACAUGCCCACCUUUUCAAGCUUCAAUCUUUUCAACUAAUCCCCGCAAAAUCACACCGUUGAAUCCUUCCAGAAACAUCUCCACCGCUGCUUUGGUGGAUGGCAACAACACUUCAACUUUCCCACUUGACUCAGGUUCUAGAAUUGGUGAGGUGAAAAGGGUCACCAAGGAAACCAAUGUAUCAGUCAAAAUAAACUUAGAUGGAACUGGGGUUGCUGAUUCUAGUUCUGGAAUUCCCUUCCUUGAUCAUAUGCUUGAUCAACUUGCUUCACAUGGACUGUUCGAUGUGCAUGUAAAGGCUACAGGUGACACACAUAUUGAUGACCAUCACACAAAUGAAGAUGUCGCUCUUGCUAUUGGAACGGCUUUGCUGCAAGCCCUUGGUGAUAGGAAGGGUAUUAACCGGUUUGGUAACUUCUCUGCUCCACUCGAUGAAGUAUUAGUUCACGUUUCUCUGGAUUUAUCUGGCCGACCACAUCUAGGUUAUGAUUUAAAGCUACCCACUCAGAGGGUUGGGACAUAUGACACUCAGUUGGUGGAGCAUUUUUUCCAGUCAUUGGUGAACACAUCUGGUAUGACCCUUCACAUUCGACAGUUUGCUGGAACAAAUUCCCAUCAUAUUAUUGAGGCAACCUUCAAAGCAUUUGCCAGGGCUCUUCGACAAGCAACGGAGUAUGAUACACGUCGCCAUGGAACAAUACCAAGUUCAAAAGGGGUCCUGUCACGUAGUUAAUAUCUUCAGCUGCUAUCCAUAAUUCGGAUCGAACUACUUAUGCAAGGGGACCUCUGCAGUCAUCAAACAUAUGCAUCCAAAUCAUCCUCUGCAGUUCAACAAAUAGAUCUGUUACAAAUUCCUAGUCUCUGCAAAAAACAUUAUUGUAUUCAUAUUUAUUCUAGAAGUUUAAGUUACCUCUCUUUGUUGUUAUUACCUUUCUUUGUACAUAAGGUGUUGUCAAGGAGAAUGUUGUUUGUUUUCACAUCACGGCAGUGGCGGACCCAGAAAAUUAAUAAAUCCUGGGCAAAAUCUCGGUUUUAAAUAAAAAUAUCAGUUUUGUACUAAAAGUCUCAAUUUUGAACAAUAAAAAUCUCAGUUUUGCCCAAAUUAA